GCUUGCUCAGUUCUUUUUUUUUUUGUUUUUGUUUUUUUGUAGGUCUGAUUGAAUGAGCGAUUCGGUGGAAGCGAGCCAGAGCUCGAGUCAGAGCCAGAGCGAGAGUCAGCCAGUCGCUGCUCCAGCUCCAGCCAGUCCUCCGGCCACCGCUGCCGCCGCCGUCACCGCAGCAUCGCCUGCACCAGCACCAGCAGCAACGCCUUCUCCCACUCCCGCCACAGAAUCCGCCGCCGCCGCCCCAGCCGCCCCAGCCGCCGAGCAGCAGCCUGCAGGAACAUCAGCGUCGAGCGAGCAGACAAAGAGCGCGACGGGUGGCGAAGUUACAACGACGACUGCCGCUGGUGACGCGACUGCCCAGGCAGCCAGCAGCCCGCAGCCGCAGCCGAGCGAUGGCAACACAUCUGGCGCUUCUUCUGCUACGAACGCGGCGCAGGACGGCGGCAAGAAGGACGCUGCCAAAGCGCCGCGGGAACGGCCGCCGCGCGAGCCAAAGCAAGCGCGAGCGCCAAAGGAGCCCAAGGACGCCAAGGACGCCAAGGAUGCCAAGGACGGAGCAAAGGACGCCAAGGAGCCCAAGGACGGAGCAAAGGAUUCAAAGGAGCCGAAAGACGGAGCAAAGGAGCCCCGAGCACCCAAAGAGCCCCGAGAACCUCGAGAGCCCCGAGAACCCAAGGCCGCAGCUGCACCCAAAGAGCCAAAGGAUGCCAAGGAUAAGGCGUCGUCGUCGCAACAAAAGCCCGCCGCCAAGGGAGCUAAAGACACCACAGAGGGCAAGCCGGCAGCAGCGAAAGACAGCAAAUCUGGCGUUCCCGCACCGUCCGGUGGUUUGCAGCAUGCCUCGUCGUCCUCCUCAAAGGACCGUGCUUCUGCUGCUGCUGCUGCUGCUGCUGCGACGACUGCAUCUGCGCAUGCAUCCACCAACAGCACCUCGCAUCACGACCGCUCGCAUCGGUCUGGUGCGACCACCGCUCCCGCCACAUCAUCCGCCGCCGUCUCCUCACACACGUCACACACGGCUCCAUCAGCGGCAAUUCACGCCUCUCCACAGCUCCAUCACAGCACGACCUCCCCGGCUUCUGUGCCGGUGAAUGAGCUCCAGCAACACAGCGUGCUCCACUUGGUCUCGUCAGGGCGCUACAAUGAGCGCAAGCGUCGCGUGCUUGUGGUGAACGACGUUCGGGGCAAGCUUUCCCUGCUCGUUCAGCUUGCACAGCACGAGCAGGCGGACAUUGUGAUCAACACUGGCAACUUUGGCUUUUACGACGACACGAGCUACUCGACCAUGUUGUUCAAGGAUUUGCAAAACCGCAUCGUCAAGUCCACCCGCAACAUCCAGACCAAGACCUUGACCAGCGAAAUGAACGAGCCUGAUCUGCGCAAGUACGGCCGCACCAACCACAGCUUGAGCGAGCUGCCCCUCUAUCUUCGCGGCGAGCGCACUCUCCAUGUGCCCAUUUACACCAUCUGGGGCCAGCACGAGGAUGUGCGUGUGCUUGAAAAGUUCCGCUCUGGCGAUUACGCCGUCAAGAACCUGCACGUGCUGGACGAACGAAACUCCUUUCGCAUUGACAAUCUGCGCCUGUUCGGCUUGGGCGGCGACCUUACUUACAGCAAGUUGCUCGACUCGGGCACGACAUCCUCCAUUGCUGGCGACAACUGCCGAGCAUGGACGACCUUUCUUCAGAUCGCCGAGCUGCUGGCCUUGGCUCGUCAGACCCAGGAUCCAGCGAUUGUGCGUCCAGCAGCCACCCACUCUGGUGCGUCCCAUUCCGCUGCCCCGCGAGACCCGAUCCCGGUCACCAGGAUUUUGGUGAGCCACGUUGGCUCUGGUGCCGAUGCUUUGAUUACGCGCAUUGCUUCCGAAAUCCAUGCCGACUACACGAUCAGCGGCAGCGUCCUCAGCACCUCCUGCUUGUCGUACACAAACUCGCAGGUCAUGUCCCAAGAGCUGUACCAUGCUCGACUGGCAACUUGCACCGAGGCCCUUCAGACCAUCUGGAACCAGGUGCACGAGACUCUCCGUCAAGGCUGCACACCUGAAGAACUCGCUCUUAUUUCGUCGGUGAUGACCAUGGUGCGCCAACCCGUGACUGACGCCAGUUGGUCCUCCACUGUUCACCACAUUCUGCCCAGCUGGGAGACUGGAUAUGCCGUCCUUGCUGUUGACCAGAAGGGGCGCAUUGCUUCUGAGAUGUACUCUGAAGGUGUCGACCGCAUCAAGCGUCGUGCUGCACCGGAGACCGCCAAGCACCACACACGCGCGAGCUCGUCCAUUGUCACCAACCUUCCUGGCCGCACGAAUGGCGAAACUCGCGAGCGUCGGGAACCGCGCACUGCACCGACUUCCACCAGCGCUGGGCACGCGCACGCUGCUCCCUCUGGUGCUGCCAGCAGCGGCAAAGACUCCGCACUUCAGUUCCCCUUUACUGCGUUCAUGAAGCCCGUUCCUUCCACCACCACGGAGGAGCAGAUUCGCGAUUUCUUUGCUGGUUUGCCGAUCACAAGCGUCUACCUUGUCAAUGCCAGGGGCUUUGCUCACGUCGAUUUCAAUGAUGCUGACGCGUUGCUUGCUGCCAUCAAAUUGACAAACACGAAAUUCCUCGGCGGAGAGGAAGUGUCCAUCGAGAUUUCGCGUCCCCAUUCUACGAAGCCUGGAAUCCGCCCAGCGUUGGGAGGCAGCAGCUCUUCUACCGGUUCCAGCCAGAAUUCGUCCUCGUACAACGGAAGCACGCCCUUAUUUUCGCAGAGAGGCAGCCGCUCCGAGUACAGCGGCGAGCGCAAGCCGCGUGAAGGCCAAACGUCGGCUGCUGGCCACAAGGAUUCCCGUCCCUCCAAGUAACACCUGUUACCCCAAACAAAUCUCCCUUUCGUUUCGAUUUCUCUUCCCGCCUCUUUCUCGCCCCUUCUUUUUUUUUUUUUGGUUCACAGCUGCCAUUUCUGAAACAGUGUUUUGCUUGUAGAACGUGUCCCCUGUUUCUCCAUCACAAUUACAAAAAGGGCAAACAAAUCAGACUCUAUUCAC